CCAAUGAAUGGGUUGUCGAACGGAAUGUCGACAGAACUACCCGUUUAUGAUGAAGGUUUAGCUUUGUCUAUAAUGAACGCACUCUCCGAUAACAAGUCUUUGAAAAACGAGGAUGAUCAGGGAUCUGAAUGCAGUUCACAGUAUUGUGAUGAUGAACAACAUCAGGUAGACGUCGUAUGUGACGAUGAUAACUGUGUAGAACCUGUAUGUGAAUCCGAAGAACAAUUUCAAUCGUUUUUGGAGAAUUGUUGCAAUAAUAUAGAAUUCCAUACAAAUAAUCACCAGCCAUUAGAUAUCCCGCAGACUACUCAGCAGCCUCAAACUGCACCGCUGAUAAAGUGCGAAUGGGCAGGUUGUCAUGCUAACUUUGGCAAUAUGAACGAUCUCAUACAACAUGUCCAUCAGUCUCAUUUAAAUUUCGUUAACAUUGACUGUAAAUGGGGUGGAGGUGAUUGUCAUGUUGGACCACCGUCUACAUCCACAAAUACGCAAACAGAUGCAAAUGCCGUACUUAAGCAUGUUUUGCAAGAUCAUUUACACAUGGAAGAUAAUCCUUUGGCGUUUAAGAAGCCAACGGAAAAUUUUUUCAAUGGUGAUUUAUUUAGUACUGAUUUCAGCGGUAUGGACGACACCUCAAUAGCGACAGCACACCACGACAAUCCUGAACUCAAUCCUUAUGCUCAUCAUUUACAUGCUACUGCAUUUCCUCAUUUGCAUCCACCAUCCAUAUGUCCUGCUGCGACAUCUAUAUCACCAACACCAAAGAAGCAUCCACAUCCACCUAAACCACAUCAUCAUCAUCAUUAUCAUACGCCCCAUUAUCACCAUCAUCCAUACCCAAGACCUCGAUCUUCAAGUAUGCAAGGACCACCGUAUAAAUGUGGUUGGGAUAAUUGCAAGCAUGCUGACACAGAAUUUGAGACGACGGAAGCGCUCAUGAAUCAUCUAUCAAAUGAGCAUGUUGGCAGCGGUAAAGCUGAAUACGCUUGUUUCUGGAAAGGUUGUGAUAGGAAUUCUUCUAAUUGUAAUGGUAGGGUAUUUAGUAGUAGGCAGAAGAUUAUGAGGCAUCUCCAAUCACAUACAGGUCACCGACCGUUCGAAUGUCCUGUUUGUCAUCGUUUCUUUAGUGAAGCUGCAACACUCCAGCAGCACAUGCGCAAGCAUACAAGGGAAAAGCCUUACGUUUGUGACUACGAAGGAUGCGGGAAGGCAUUUGCAAUAGCCGGUGCAUUGACGAUACACAAGAGAACGCAUACGAAUGAAAGACCAUUCAAAUGCACAUACUGUGACAGAGCAUUCUCAGAGUCCUCGAAUUUGAAAAAACAUCUCAGGACUCACACUGGUGAUAGACCAUUUGAAUGCCCGCAUCCAUAUUGUGAUAAGAAAUUCGCAAGACCAGAUCAAGUUACUAGGCAUCUCAACGUACAUUACAAACAAGAGACUAAUAAAGCAUUGAGGAAUCCCUCCCCGUCAACCUCAUCUUCAACUUAGACCAACUGUACAAUUAAUAUGAUUGAUGUAUGAAAAAGGUAGAUUUAUACAAAACUAAUUGAGC